AUGCUGUAUGUAUUGAGAUGGUUCGGACUCGUGGGCACAGCGCCCCUGGUCCUGAUGGACUACCGUAUGCCGUGUGGAAGCAACCGUGUGCGGCUCGUAUUUUUAUACUCGUGCUACCUCACCCUCUUCGAUGACCGCAUCUCCUCUCCCCCGUCUGACAUGCUCUGCAGCUUGCUUGUAUUUCUUCCUAAAGGUGCCCUACAGGAUGACUGCCCAGGCCGCCCGCUGCACCGACCGGCGGCUGCCACCAGACCCAUCUGCCUGGGCAGCGCGGAUGUUAAGAUCCUAGCCGCCGCCUGCGUCAUGCCCAUUGCCGCGAACUCUGCUACCCUGAUAGGGGAGGAACAGAAGUGCGUCAGCGAGAGGGACAUGGUUGAGAACGUGGUGAGGGCGGAGGCUUGGGGGGUGGAGAAAUACAUGACGGCAUCUUCAGACGCGGCUUUACUGUUGACUGACUUCGCGUCAGCGUUUCCUAGCCUGGCGCAGGAGUGGCUUUUCUUCGUGCUUGAGGCCAUGGGCAUUCCUUCCCCGCUCGUCCACUUCUUCCGAAUGAUGUACUCCGAUAGCACCGCUAUCCUCUCACUUCGUGGUCGUCGUCACGGGCUUAUUCGUAUCGCGUCUGGGGUCAAACAAGGCUGCCCCGCCUCCAUGUUCCUCUUCGUUCUCGCCGUGAACCCUCUGCUGGCAUGGAUUAGGGCGUCCCUCGGCUCAGCGCUGGGGCUGUCUCUUGGAGUUGAGCGAAUCUCCUCAUCACUCAAAGCGCUUCUUGACAGCUUGGAAGCACUGGCGGCGGUUGCCAACCUUCGGCUGAACUUUCGGAAGUGCCAGGUGGUCGUCUGCGGGACUAUGGACACAUCACCCAUCCGCUCCCUCCUCCGCUCCUUUGGCGCGCCCUACAACCUCAUUCAGGUCUCCCUCUCCGCCACCUACCUUGGCUUCCCGAUCGGCCCCGAGGGCGCCGCGCAGGUCAUGUGUGUUAGCAAGCUCUUGUUCAGGCUUCAGCUCUACCCGCCCUCCCAGGAGCUGGUGUCCGCCUACCGCAGCGGAGUGCUCCUCCUCACCUCGGGGCCCAGGAACGCCAUCUCCUACAACGUCGCCACGAAAUUUUCCCGCAUCGGAUUCGCCGCUGAAUUCCUGGAGCUCGACGCGGUCGCGAAAGCCACUGCCCUUCGGUAUCUCUUGAGCGGGAGCUCCCCUCGGAUGGUCACCCCCCCCCUUGCCGCGGCAGAGUGCGGACUGCUCGACCAAGGGCCGGGCGGGCUGCUGGAGGCCACCGAGGGGGACUUGCAGGAACUCCAGGACGUCGCUGGCUUUGCGACGAACGAGGGUCGCGCCCGGAUGGCCGCGGCGCUGGACGCCGCCCUGAAGGCCGGCAACUGCGUCGUGGGCCUGAGACAGGCCAUGGAUUCCGACGAGGCGUCCUUGGAGGAGAGGUGCAGGACGAUGGAGUCUCGCAUCGCCGAGGCAGACGAGCUGGGCCUCCUGGUCGACGACUCCCAGCGGGAGAUCGUGCAGGAACGCUUGUCUGAGCUGCGGGAGCUUGCCGCAGCGGCCGCGGAAUCCGCGACAGGCUCCACCUUCCGCGUGAGAAGCACCGACCAGCUGGCGGAGAACAAGUGGGGCCAGUCUCUGGGCCAGAACAGAUGCUCCAACCUGAUCUUCAUGGACCUGGAGCUCACUGCCGGCUUCUACGACUUCCACCGCAAGCCCAAGAUCCUGGAGUGCGCAGUCCUUAUAACAGAUAAGGACCUCAAGGAGCUUGGCCGCGGCUGCUGGGUCGUGGGUGGCUUCUCCAAGGAGGAGCUUCUGGAUCUGGGCGAGUUCCACCAGAUUCACUUCCGGGACAAGCUGCCCGGCGGCCCGUUCCCUGGGCGACCGGGCAGCCUCAUCACAGGGAACGGGCUGUUUUCUGACGUGCUCAACUCCAGUACGACCAUGGAAGAGGUCGAGGAGGCCGCGCUGAGCUUGAUCCGCAGACACUGCCCCGAUCCUGGCGCCUGCCCAUUGGUGGGCUACUCGGUGCAGUGCGACAGAGAGGUGCUGAAGGUGGAGAUGCCGCAGGUGUACCGUCACCUCAGCCACCGAAUUAUCGACGUGUCCUCGUUCUUCCAGAUGGCUAGGCUCUGGGUGCCCGAGAGGCUUCGGCUGUGGGAGGGCCGCGACAGCCAGUACAACCACCGGGCGCUGAACGACGUCGAGGACUCGGUGGAGGCCCUCCGGUUCGCGCGCCAGCACCUCUUCCAGAACAGGAUGGAUGACGCCAGUGGCGGGCGCGCCCAGCCGGGCACGGCCGUCUGGAGCCCCGAGCGCUCGCGCGCCCGGGGCUUCGGGCACUCGCGCGCCGAGCCGGCGCAGGGCGCACAGGCGCCGGGCGCCGUGGCGAGGUAG